ACCUUUCUUAUUCUGCAUGUUUUCCAUCCAAUUCCAUUACCUUAUAACUCAAUUUAACUUGUUACAACUUGUGUGUUCUAUAGUACUAGUGAGUGCUCCUAUUUGUGCCUUUAUUCCUUUCAUCUAGUUGUUUACAGUUAACACUCACUAAGCCAAUUGCUAUCUUAAUCUCAAGUUAAUUUCCUAAUUUAUUUCCUAAUUUUUAGUAGAAUAUAUAUUAUAUAUUAUACCCCCUUUCUUAUUUUAGUCUCAAGUAGUAGAAACUAUUUGAUUUUUCAAAAUGAGGCACUCUUCUAUUUUUCCAAUAUUAUUCUCUAUAUAUUUUGUUACAUUAUUUUUUGCUAUACAUGCUAGACAUCAUUUUCAUACUAAACACAAACACUACUCACAUUCUCAUAAGUCAUCAUCUGAAAUUUCAUUAUCUCCUACUCCACUACCUUCACCAUAUUAUAGUGCUCCUCAAGAAGCUCCUAGCUUUGCACCUAGUGGUUCUUAUGAAGAAGCUCCUAGUCCUUCACCUAGUAGUGAUGAGAAUAAUUAUCAAAAUGCAUCUGGAUUGUUUGAUGUAAGAAAAUUUGGUGCCAUUGGAGAUGGAAUAAGUGAUGAUACUGAGUCUUUUAAAAUGGCUUGGGAUACUGCUUGUCAAAGUGAAUUAGCACUUAAUGUUAUCUUUGUUCCUAAUGGUUUUUCCUUCAUUGUUCAAUCUAGUAUCUUUACUGGUCCUUGUAAAGGUGGUUUAGUAUUAAAGGUUGAUGGCACUAUAAUGACACCUGAUGGACCUGAAUCUUGGCCAAAAAACAACAGCAAGCAUCAAUGGUUGGUCUUUUAUAGAGUCAAUGGUAUGUCACUUGAAGGAAGUGGUUCUAUUGAUGGCAGAGGACAAAAAUGGUGGGACCUUCCUUGUAAGCCUCAUAAGGGACCUAAUGGAACAACAUUGCCAGGACCUUGUGACAGCCCAGUUGCUAUAAGGUUUUUCAUGAGUUCCAAUUUGACAGUACAAGGACUUAGGAUAAAAAACAGUCCUCAAUUCCAUUUCAGAUUUGAUGGUUGCCAAAGUGUCCAUGUUGAAUCAAUUUUCAUAACAGCUCCAGCUUUAAGCCCUAACACUGAUGGAAUACACAUUGAAAAUACUAAUGAUGUCAAAAUAUAUAAUUCCAUCAUUUCCAAUGGUGAUGACUGUGUUUCCAUUGGAUCUGGUUGCUUUGAUGUUGACAUAAAAAACAUUACAUGUGGACCAGGUCAUGGGAUUAGCAUUGGUAGUUUGGGAAACCACAAUUCUAAAGCAUGUGUAUCAAACAUAACAGUAAGGGAUUCAGUUAUAAAGUUAUCAGAUAAUGGUGUUAGAAUCAAGACAUGGCAAGGUGGAUCAGGAUCAGUAUCAGGAGUAACAUUCAAUAACAUUCACAUGGACACAGUAAAAAAUCCAAUUAUAAUUGACCAAUUUUACUGCUUAAGUAAAGAUUGCAGCAACAAAACCUCUGCAGUAUUUGUAUCAGACAUUGUUUACACAAGUAUAAAAGGAACUUAUGAUAUAAGACACCCCCCUAUGCAUUUUGCAUGCAGUGACUCUGUACCUUGCACUAACUUAACUCUCUCAGAUAUUGAGCUUUAUCCUUCUCAAGGAGAUAUAUUGAAUGAUGCUUUUUGUUGGAAUGCUUAUGGAAAUUCAGAGACAUUAACAAUUCCUCCAGUUUUUUGUUUGCUGGAUGGUGUUCCUCAGUCUAUUCCAGCAAAUGAUAUUGAUCAUUGUUGAAGACACUUAUAUAGUGGAAAUGUGUGUGUAUAUAAUUACAACGGAAGUGGUUAAGGAAUAUUUAUAGAUAUAUAGUUGUAUGGUUUUGAGUAUUUGGGUUUGAUUGUUGAGGAGUUGUGUUUUAGAUGCUCCUCCCCAAUUGUUAACUAUGUAUUGUAUAUUUUUUCAAUUUGAAAUGGAAGUUUGCACUUGUUAGCUUGAA